AUGCUUUUCCAACUUUCUCUUCUCCUGGGAGCUGCAGCCGCUCUCCCACUCUACAAUGAGGAUGAUGACAAGAUCAUUGGAGGUUAUGCCUGCCCCAAAGACACUGCCCGAUAUCAGGUGUCCCUGACAGUGAAAUAUCACAUCUGUGGGGGGACACUCCUCAGUAGCCAGUGGGUACUGUCUGCUGCACACUGCUAUGAUCCCCACAUCCAAGUGAGACUGGGGGGACACAAUAUAUCAUCAAGGGAGGAGAUGGAACAGUUCAUUCCUGCAGCCAAGUUUGUCCUGCACCCUGACUAUGAUGACUCAACUAUAGACAAUGACAUCAUGCUGAUCAAGCUGGCCACCCCUGUCACCUUCGACGGCAGAGUGGUUCCCAUGAGUCUACCCUCUUCCUGUGCCCAAGAUGAAGAUAAUUGUGUGAUCUCUGGUUGGGGCAAUACCAUGAGCCAGGGCUGGAAUUCUCCUGACCUACUGCAGUGCCUGGACAUCCCUGUUCUCUCUGAUGAUGUCUGCCAAGCUUCCUAUCCUGGUGCUAUCACAAGCAAUAUGUUUUGUGCCGGCUUUUUGGAUGGAGGCAAAGAUGCCUGCCAGCAAGAUUCAGGUGGCCCCAUGGUUUGCAAUGGGGAACUCCAGGGUGUGGUAUCCUGGGGCAAUGGCUGUGCCCUGAAGAAUUUCCCUACAGUCUACACCAAGGUCUGCAAUUACAUAGACUGGAUCCACAAGGUCACCAGUGACAAUUGA